AUGUCAGACUGUCUCUCUCUCCCUCCCGCUCUCUCUCUCUCUCUCUCUCUCUAUCUAUCUAUCUAUCUAUCUAUGUUUGCUGAUAUCUCAUGUCCUUGUCAAAAUGUUGAAAUGGUUGACGCCGUCGCCGUCGACUCGGACGUCAGCGGAAGAUGGAAAAAAAGCCACACUGGCGGCAGUCGCCCGUUUCUUUGCUGUCCAAGUAAGUUAUCUAUCUAUCAGUCUGUUCAUAUUAAUCUCUGUUCAUAUCUAUCUAUCUAUCAAUCUAUCAGUCUGUCUGUCUAUCUCAGUCAAUCUAUCUAUCUAUCUAUCUAUCUAUCUAUCUAUCUAUCUAUCUAUCUAUCUAUCUAUUUCAGUCUGUUCAUAUUAAUCUCUGUUCAUAUCUAUCAAUCUAUCUAUUUCAGUCUGUUCAUAUUAAUCUCUGUCCAUAUCUAUCUAUCAAUCUAUCAGUCUGUCUGUCUAUCUCAGUCAAUUCAUCUAUCUAUCUAUCUAUCUAUCUAUCUAUCUAUCUAUCUAUCUAUCUAUCUAUCUAUCUAUUUCAGUCAGUUCAUAUUAAUCUCUGUUCAUAUCUAUCUAUCAAUCUAUCAGUCUGUCUGUCUAUCUCAAUCAAUCAAUCUAUCUAUCUAUCUCAGUCUUCUGUCUGUCUAUCUCAGUCAAUCUAUCUAUCUAUCUAUCUAUCUAUCUAUCUAUCUAUCUAUCUAUCUAUCUAUCUAUCUCAGUCUGUUCAUAUUAAUCUCUGUUCAUAUCUAUCUAUCAAUCUAUCAGUCUGUCUGUCUAUCUCAGUCAAUCUAUCUAUCUAUCUAUCUAUCUAUCUAUCUAUCUAUCUAUUUCAUCUGUUCAUAUUCUAUCUCUCUUCAUCUAUCUAUCAAUCUAUCAGUCUGUCUGUCUAUUUCAGUCAAUUCAUCUAUCUAUUCAUAUCUAUCUAUCAAUCUAUCAUUCUGUCUAUCUAUUUCAUCAAUCUAUCUAUCUAUCUAUCUCAGUCUGUUCAUAUUAAUCUUUGUUCAUAUAUCUAUCAAUCUAUCAGUCUGUCUAUCUCAGUCAAUCUAUCUAUCUAUCUAUCUAUCUAUCUAUCUAUCUCAUCAGUUCAUAUUAAUCUCUCUAUCUAUCUAUCAAUCUAUCUAUCUGUUCAUCUAUCUCAGUCUGUCAUCUAUUAUCUAUCUAUCUUCAUCUAUCUAUCUAUCUAUCUAUCUAUUUUUCAGUCUGUUCAUAUUAAUCUCUGUUCAUAUCUAUCUAUCAAUCUAUAAGUCUGUCUGUCUAUCUCAGUCAAUUCAUCUAUCUAUCUAUCUAUCUAUCUAUCUUCAGUCUAUUCAUUUCAGUCUGUUCAUAUUAUCAAUCUAUCAUAUCUGUCUGUCUAUCUCAGUCUGUUCAUCUAUCUAUCUAUCUGUUCAUAUCAUUAUCUAUCUAUCUAUCUAUCAGCCUAUCUGUCUAUCUCAGUCAGUUCAUCUAAUCUAUUCAUAUAUAUCUCUAUCAGUCUCUAUCUAUUUCAGUCAAUUCAUCUAUCUAUCUAUCUAUCUCUUCAUAUCUAUCUAUCAAUCUAUCCAUUUCUGUCUGUUCAUAUUAAUCUCAAUUCAAUCUAUCAAUCUAUCUCAGUCUGUUCAUAUAAAUCUCUGUUCAUAUCUAUCUAUCAAUCUAUCAGUCUGUCUAUCUCAGUCAAUUCAUCUAUCUAUCUAUCUAUCUAUCUAUAUAUCUAUCUAUCUAUCUAUCUAUCUUUCAUCUAUCAAUCUAUCAGUCUGUCUGUCUAUCUAUCAAUUCAUCUAUAUAUCUAUCUAUCUCAUCAUGUUCAUAUCUAAUCUCUUCUGUCUAUCUAUCUAUCAAUCUAUCUAUCUAUCUAUCUCAGUCUGUUCAUAUAAAUCUCUGUUCAUAUCUAUCUAUCAAUCUAUCAGUCUGUCUGUCUAUCUCAGUCAAUUCAUCUAUCUAUCUAUCUAUCUAUCUAUCUAUCUAUCUAUCUAUUUCAGUCUGUUCAUAUUAAUCUCUGUUCAUAUCUAUCAAUCUAUCAAUCUAUCAGUCUGUCUGUCUAUCUCAGUCAAUUCAUCUAUCUAUCUAUCUCUAUCUAUCUAUCUAUCUAUCUAUCUAUCUAUCUAUCUAUCUAUCUAUUUCAGUCUGUUCAUAUUAAUCUCCGUUCAUAUCUAUCUAUCAAUCUAUCUAUCUAUCUAUCUAUCUAUCUAUCUAUCUAUCUAUCUAUCUAUCUAUCUCAGUCAUCCUAUUUUCUCUCUUUCUCUCCCCCCUCUCUCUCAUUAUCUAUCUAUCUAUCUAUCUAUCUAUCUAUCUAUCUAUCUAUCUAUCUAUCUAUCUAUCUAUCUAUGUCUAUUCAUAUCCGUAGUUGCUAAUUUCUUGCGAAUAAUCGGCUUUCUUUUUCCUUCCCCUCUCCUUUUCAUCACCAAAGUGCACUCGUGCGAAACGAACGACUCAUUGGAUGGCCACACCCUUUCCAAUUAG